UUACAGAACCCCGAUUAGCUUCACAGUUGAUGAAUCUUUUACUUUGACUCCCUUCCAGAUGGUGGCGCUAAAGAGAUUAGCCGUGAGAGCAAGAGGAAGUGCGACAUUUCUGUUUGUGGUGCAAGUAGCUCGCUAAGCUAACACGUUUCGUUACCAAGAAUGGCAACGUCCAAGAAGGGGAAAAAAAUUGUAAAUCAAGAAGAACUCCGGAGGUUGAUGAGGGAGAAACAACGACAGAACACGGAGAAGAAACGCGUGGAAUCUCCCUUCGCCAAAUACAACAGUUUGGGUCACCUCAGCUGUGUCCUGUGCUCUGUGCAGGUGAAGUCUGAACUUCUGUGGCCAGCUCAUGUUCUGGGGAAGCAGCAUAAAGACAAGGUUGCAGAGUUGAAAGAAGGAAGGAACCAACCAGCUGUAUCACAGAGUCACCCUGUAAAAAGGAAAACACAGGACAGCGUGGAAGUUGUUGGAAAAAAGGCCAAACCAGCAGGUCAGUCUGAGUCGGGUUUGCCUGGAGACUUUGAGAAGCCCUCCGAAAAGGCGACUGCUUCCACACAGAAAUCUGCAGGACUGACCCUCUUAGCAGGAGUUUAUAACGAGGACGACGAUGAAGACGCUGAUGAAGCUGAUGUCCCAGCGCAACCCGCUAAAGAGCUGCCACCUGAUUUUUUUGACAGCUCCAUCCCAUCCACGCCUGCCAUUUCCCACUCAGGAUCAAUCCUCAAAGCAGACGUCCCGGAGAAGACUCCCGAAAAGAAAGACAACUCAGCCGAGGCACUGCCCGAGGGCUUCUUCGACGAUCCGGUCAGAGACGCAAAAGUGCGGAACGUCGACGCCCCGAAAGAUCAGAUGGACAAGGAGUGGGAAGAGUUUCAGAAGGAGAUCCGACAGGUGAACACAAAGUCUGAGGCCAUUGUGGCAGAGGACGAUGAAGAGGGACGCCUUGAGCGUCAGAUCGACGAGAUUGAUGAACAGAUCGAGUGUUACAAAAGGGUGGAACUGCUGAGGGACAAGCGGGAUGUGUUGAAAAGUAAAUCAGUGCCAAGAAAGGAUGAAGAAAUGGAGACUGAUAACAAUGAGGAAGAGGAGGGAGAAGAAGAUGAAGAGGGGUUGCUGGGGCUUUUGUCCCGAGACUGGAGGGCUAAAGGGGCUCUGACCUAAAGUUCUUCAUGUAAAACCUGGUUUUGAUUGUUGAUAAAUUUGCUCUCAAACACAAAA